AUGGUGAAGAAGUUUGGUAUUGGAGGAAAGACAAGUGUGGAGGCUGAUGUCAUAGUAUUAGGAUGUACACUGCCAGGCAUUGUAGCGGCACACAAACUCAAGAGUAAGUUCGGGGACUCCAUGGACAUUGUAGUGCUGGACCUCGGCUCCAACUUCAAUUACCAGUCCAAAUGCAACGUUGGAUUCACAGAAAAUAACGAAACAGACUCAGACAAUGAAAACAAUAAUAAAACAAUGUACUACAGUUACACAGCUCGACAGCUGCUUGACAAUGUAGCCAGAAUUUACCUCCUCCGGUACGCCAAAGAAUUCAAAUUACCCUUACCGGACUCGAUUAUUAAUCCCGAAAAUACAAAAAGGUCAGAAACUGAUGAAGAAUCAUUAACGUUUGCAACGGAACAAGAGGAAAGUAUUCCGUUACAAAAACUUUUCCAAUACCCCAACGGUACUACCGUAGAAUUUUUGAACAACCUACACGAUUUCGAAUACUUGAGUUUCUUAGAAAAAUUUGAACUUAAUCAAUAUCAGACGUUCUUAGAUCAUUGCAUGACUGAGCUGUUUCAAACACACAAAGUUAAUCUAGAAGAAGAGAGGAAAGUGUUACUGUACUACGACCGCACCACUAUGGAGAAAAAUAUUUGCGAGACACUCCUUUUUUCAACUUCAAGGGAAAUAAUGAGAAUUAUCGUCAGAUUAGUAUGUGGAGCUCCUGCUAAGAGAGUGUCACUCCUCUUCUAUCUCCACCAGUGUUACAGGACGAGUAGCACCAGGAACCACCUCGGUGGACUAAACACGAGGUUCCGCGAAAAAUUAUUAGGUCAUUGCAGAAAACGUCUUUCCAGCAAACUUCAACAAAGUAUAGCUGACAUUACGAUGCAAACUAAAUCCAUUAAACAAAUUCGCACUUAUUCAGAACAGGUUAUCCUAGAAACAUUAAAGGGAGAAAUAACUUACACUUGCAAUUUACUAGCGAUGGCAUUAAGGCCUGAUCAAUUACAUAAUAUUCAUGUUGAAGAUCACUUAAUGACAGAGAAUCACACAAAAAUAACCAAAGGUAUGCAACCUGGCUAUGCGAAAAAAUUCAAUAUACAAUAUAGACAGAAUUUUUGGAGUAGACAAGGAUACAGCGGAGACAUAUUCAGUAUGCGUGGUCCAAUCAUUUGGGCGAUGGAAAGACCAAGAAUGUCGACGACUGGGAGCUUAGAGAAAUAUUCUGGAUUGAUUGGUUACUUGAUGGUGCGGGAAAAUGAUGAUGGGUGUGAGUCCAAAGCGGCUGUAGUGCAGCAGCUAGUAAAUUUGUUUGGUGAAGAAGCAGCCGACCCAGUAAGUUAUAGAGAGACCCUAAUAGCUGAUGUGUAUGUACCUAGUUGUGGGGACUAUAUUUCGUUGCGUAGGUUGAUGACCGAAGGAAGCCCAAAGUUUCUGGAGUGGGGAGCACUUGACGUGUUCGCGGAUGGAGAUGUGGCGGCAGCAUUAGAAGCUGGUCACACAGCGUACUUACACUUGUUAGGAUGUUUAAGGCCACAAGCGCUGACGUAUGAUGACUUCGUUGCUACUGACUGGCCGACGUUCCUCAGCGAGAUUCCGUUGUCCAGGUGGAAGUCGCAGAUAAACGUGAUUAGUGGCAUUAAGAUUACCAUGUGCACUGUUGCUGUGGUCAUCGGCGUCAAAGUCCUGCGCUCCUUGAUCACCAAAUAA